ACGAUGGCUGCGUGCGGAUCAGGUACAUUAAUGUUAUAAAACCUUCAAUUCUUCCAGCACUGUUCUCUUUGCCACAAGCAUAUUUAUCAGUCACCGGAGACAUUUCGGGGGGAGAGUGUUACGCAUGAAGAUCCAGCCAAGUCCCUGGCUUUAUUGCUAAACUGUCGCAGCCAGGACAAAAACGGAAUGGCUGUCACGGUUUUGCGCUCGAAAGGGAAACGAGCACUCAUAUUCUACUUGGUACAGCAAGGAAAGCACCUUCUGAAUGGCAACAGCAUACGACGCUACUAACUUAGAUGAAAAAUUCCUGCAAUCUUUAACAUGUACAUGGGUUCACUCAGUACUGCUCCUAGUAUUGAAUAUUGACGCUAUCGCUGUAAUUGGCACAGGCGCGAAAUCGUACACUUGCACCGUUGCGGAAUCGAGUAGCAACAGGGCGCUGGUGUGACGACUAAAUCUAACAACGUGCUAUCUGCAAUGAGAUGAAGAGAGCUCUUCUAUAAAAAAGGC